AUGUUAAGCGAGGUGGAACAAGAUAAUGCAUGUCUACCAAUCGAAAUAGAGGAGGCGCAAGGUGAAACACGAAUCGAUAAUAAUUACAAUAGAAAAUCAGAAAUUUGUUUGCCAUGCCAAUCAGAGCCGGAGAACGAAUUAAAAAUAAAUAUUAAAAAGACGGGAAUUUAUUUUCAUGGGUUGAACAGAAAAUAUCCAACUUAUAACACACUAUCGCCACAUAAUCGUGGAAUGUUACUAUUAAUUACCAACAUUGACUUUAAAAGUGGAGAAAAGACAAGAAACGGCGCUAACGUAGAUCAUGAGAAUGUUAAAGAACUUUUUAAACAACUCGGUUUCUGCGUUGUGGAAGCCAUAAAUAGAACCAAAUCAGAAAUGGAAGAAAUCGUGAAAGCGUUCGCUACUGAUCCAGAUUUACAAAAAUACGACAUAUGUGCCACUAUUGUUAUGAGUCAUGGUAGUACAAAAGCUGGAGAAACGAUGAUUGUAACAACUGAUGGUGAAGAUAUAAGUACCAAAUGGAUUGUAGAACAAUUUUAUGAAGAUAAGUGUAAAGGGAUGGUUGGUAAACCGAAAAUUUUCAUUUUUCAGUGUUGUAGGAGUGCUAAAAGCGACGUACAAAUUGACACAUCUUUGGUUCCACGAAAAAUAGAGGACAUUCUGAUAUGUUAUUGUACUGUACCAGAUUCUAAUGCUUAUCGACAUACAGUCUCGGGUUCUUGGUACAUCAAUGACCUGUGUCAAGUAUUUAUGGAGCAUGCCCAUGACACCGACAUAGAGCAUCUUUUAAAAUUGGUCGAUGAUAAACUACGUAAUCGCAAUGACAAAGAUAGAUGGCAAACCAGCGAGUGUUUAGAUGUGGCAAUGAAGAAAGAGCCAAUGGAUAUUGGAUGGAGAAUGAUGAGAGGGGUGCAGGUUGUGUUGGGAGGGCUGGGAGUCUUUACAUCAUCUCCUGGUGGUGUGUAA